GUGGCCUGUCUGCCCUCGCCGCGCGAUAAGACGUGUUUUCCAUUCAGUUCGAUAGAAUCGUAAACAUUUGCGCUCUAGAUAUAGGGCUUAGCGGUCCAUUUAUAACACCUAAUCUACUACAGUCAGUUCUCAAAACAAACCAGGGUUAGAGCUGCCUGGGCUCUUUCUGAAGCCAAUACAUUUUGAAGACGAAAUACGCGAAGACGUUGAGAGUUUUUACAUUCGAUUGAUUUUGUGGGACUCCCUAUCAUCAAUACCUUGAAGUGAUUGAGAAUAUAUUUCUGAUUUUGACGAUUAUUAAGCCCAAAUAUCUGUUGAUAAAAUCCACCGUUUCCAGACUAUCGCCCAAGCUGUUAUAAUGGAAACCUGUCGAAGGAAUGUCGAUCUGAACGGGCCAUUUUGGGUAAGAAAGUGACCCGUCCAGCAGAUCUUGACCGAGGUCUUACUAACCAGUUGCUGGACUGUGCUAUGGCGGAUGAUCACUUCCAGACAGUACUGGGGAAAACCAUGUGUACGGAUGACUUCUAUGAAGGUCAGGCACGCCUAGACGGAGCACUGUGCGACUACACAGAGGAAGAUAAGAUGCAGUUCCUCAGGGAGAUUUACGACAAGGGAGUCAGAAAUAUCGAGAUGGAAUGUAUCUGUUUUGCUGCCAUGUUGAAUCAGGCAGGAUUAAAAGGUGCAGUUGUGUGUGCCACCCUCCUGGACCGCCUGAAGGGAGAUCAAGUGUCCACCCCACACGAAAUCAUGAGCGAGUGGCAGCAACGUCCUCAGAAGAUUGUGGCAAGAUACAUUCGUAGGCAGCUCGGAAUCUCAUCAAAAUGAUUUCACAACACUGAUCAUAUUUCCUGCAGCUUUGUGAGGAAGAGAGAAAGAUGGAUCAUUAGAAGUGUUGUGGUGUUUGUAUAUUGUAUAUAUAUCUACUUGUCACAUUGCCAUGUCACUAGAUGUAGAACCCAUGAAAUGCAACACUGGAACAGCCUGUUCAGCGACAAAAUUUGAAGAAAAAAAAGUGUGGUUGUUUUUAUGCAGGUCACAAUUUUAUUGAAUUUGAAAAGUGCAGCAAAUAUGUGUUAAUAUUUUACAUAGAUGACAACUUAUCAAUUUAUUAAGAGAGAAAUAUUUUGAGAGUUUUCUUAUUUUAUCAUAACCACUAUAGACUAUUUUUGACUAUAUUCCUAAGUUUAAAAACCUCUUUUUCAAUUACUAUAACUAAAAUACAAGUGACAAGUUCAAAACUUGUGUUUUAUUUUUGCCAAAGUUAGUGCCAGUGAGAUAUCUGAAAACUAUUCGAAGCAGCAUCCAUGAAUUAUUUAGUGAAAUUAUAAAGUGAAAUUUCAGAAGGAGUGUCUGUUUCUCAGAUUUUAAAAUAGUUUUGCUUUCAGAAAAUGGUAGUGGGACCAGUGGCUUUAUGUCCGUCAUGAAGUAUUACUUUUAGAUAUUUGUAAAAUAUAGCGGAUUUUAUUUAUGUAUGAUAUAUUUUAUUUUGUGGUGUGCUGUGAAUUUUAUGGGAUCUGUCUAGGGAUGGACUUAAAUUUAUGACAAAAACUUACAAAAAGGUUUAUUACUAUACAAGAUCGGUAUUCAAAACUAGCAUAGCGUACACUAUACCUCAUUUGUGCCAUAAAACAAGGAAUUCAAGCCAUGUGAACCGUAGUAUUAUUAUUCUAAAUUUAUCAAAAUCAAACAUCCUUUAUGAUAUCCAGUUGUUAUUUUCAUUUACCUUAGUUAGAUUUUAUGUUCACUGUCAUUAGAAUAUUUAACAGUAUUAUAUCGUUUGUAUGUUUAAAGUGCAAAAUACAUUCUGCCAACGUUUUCAAUGUAAUCAUUUAACUGCCGGUCUUGCCUGUUCAUAUUCAUAGUUUAUAGUUAAAGUAUUGCCAGCAUUUGGUUUUUCUUAUGAUAUGUCAAAUUCAGUUUAACUUUGAAAGUUUCACUUGUAUUGAGAGUUUUUAGUUUUUACAAAGAAUACUGUAUGUAUUCUAGUCGUUCAAAUGGCCAGGUUUUGCUUGUUUGGUGCUAUAACAUUAUAUGAGUGUUGGUUUUCA